UUUCAUACCAAAAUAUUGCAAAUGGACAUGUUUCUACAAUAACAGAAUAUUCGGCAAUAAAAGUUGAUAUGGAGUGACCAUAUUACAACAAAACAGUUACAUCAUCGAUAAAGAAAAUUAACGUAAAAAUUAUUUAUACUUUAUUCAUACAAGUUUACGUUUACAGAAAUAGUGGAUUGUUGAUAUUUUUGUUACUCUGAUAAACAUACAGCAUAACGAUUCUGGUGAGGAUUAUAGGAACAUUUCCAAGUUCACUCAAAUCCUUACUAUUCACACUAGAUGAACACGAAGAAACAUACAGAAGAUGAUUUACACCAUAGAGAUAUUGUUAAAUUUAUUUUUAUUAGUCAUAUUUACUGUAAAUGGAUUACAGUGUACAUUACCGUCCAACUUAUCAACUCAUCCAUACAAUACAAUCUUAACAAGAUAUUCAAGAGAAGUUAAGUCUGUUAUAUAUAUCGGAGUUAUCCUUACUGAUGAAGACCGCGACACUGAGAAAGCGUUUGAAAAUGGUGUUCAAGCAGCUAAUGAAGUCCUAGGUCAAAGUGGAACUCUAUCAUCUUACCAGUUAGAACCUAUUAUCCAAUUUGUACCUAAAGAUAAUGUUUUUGUAGCCACACAGCAAGCAUGCAAAAUUUUGGAUAGAGGCAUUAUUGCCUUAUAUGGACCAAGCUCAACAUCUUUAUCACAAGCUUUGUUGUCUUUGGCCAAUCGAUUUGGUUUACCAUAUGUUGAAACACACUGGAAUAUGAUACCAAGAAAAACUACUUAUGCCAUACAUUUACAUCCAAGUAUAGAAAGUUAUGGAAUAGGUUUAUAUGAAUAUUUAACUCAGGUGGAAAAAUGGAAACGUAUGACACUCAUCUACAAUAAACCUGAAAGUUUGCUCAAAUUUGCCACUUUAGUAAAUAAUUUUGAAGGAAUACUAAAAAUUAAAUCAUGGGAUGAAAAUGCAAGUGGUGCUAGAGCAAUGAUGGCAGAGCUAGGGUCAGGAUUGGAGAAAAAUUUUAUUGUGGACAUUCCCAGUUGGCAAGUAACCAAUUUCUUAGUUAUGGCAUAUGUGCACAAUAUGACCGGCUUUCAGUAUACUUUCAUAUUCACAGAUUGGGAUAUUGCAAUAUUAGAUUUAAGCGCAUUCAAAAUUGAUGUAGGUGCAAGAAUCAAAGCAGUUUCAAUUAUUCCUAAAGUUACUUCAUUGGACAUAAAUAAAACACCUCAACCAGAAAUAUUACCUUAUAAGAAAACUCUUGAAAAUAUUGCUAGUUCAAAAGAUUUUUCCAAUGGAAACCCUACUAUUCAAUUCAGUUUAAUUUACGAUAGCCUUAUACUUCUAGCACAUGGACUUAGUACGGUGACAAGAACAAGACCAUUGUUACCACAGAAAUUAAGCUGUGAACGUCCACCAGGUCUAUGGCCUCUUGGGUUAAGUCUGAUCAAUGCAGUUAAAUCGAGGACACAGAACACAACAUUAUGCACAACACUAUUACCGUAUAUGGUGUUGACCAUUAUUGUCAGAAAAGAAGUUGCUUAAUUAUCUUGGCAUAGAAUACAAAAUAUUUUGUUUCUAUGUAAACGGAAUAACAAAAUCAACUCGUACAGCUUACAUUUGGAUCUUAUUUUUCAAAAUCUUAUAGGUAGCGUCAGAAACUAUUCGGGGUUUAACAAGUCCCUUCCGUUUUGACAAACACGGUUUAAGAACAUUAUUCGAUCUAACUACUCUGGAACUAACCCAGGGUGGAUUUAAACCUACUGGAGUAUGGAAUAUAGAUGAAAGAAUGAAAGUUGCAAAGCAACCUGCAAUAACGUUACCAAAACAGUUACCCAAAAUCAAAGGUGUAGUCUUGAAAGUCACAACAAUCCCUGAUGCCCCAUUCAUGAUUCCAAUCAAGUUUGAUGCAUAUGAUAGACCAUUAGGUACACCUGAUGCAUGGAUGGGAUAUUGUAUUGAUCUGUUGAAUCAUAUCGCAUCAGAUGUUGGAUUUAAUUAUACAGUUCAUAUAACACCAGACCGACAAUAUGGAUCAGGUAUAGACGUUGGAAACGGAACCAUUUUCUAUAAUGGCAUAAUGGGAGAACUGAUCAGAGAGGAAGCUGAUAUGGCUGUAGCCGGAUUUACAAUAACAUAUGAACGUGAAAAACUUGUUGAUUUUAGUACACCGUGGAUGACUUUGGGUGGGAGUAUUUUAUUUACAAGACCAAAAAGUCAGAAACCAUCAUUGUUUUCAUUUCUUCAACCACUUUCACCACAAGUAUGGUUAUACGUGGGUUUCACGUAUUUAGCUGUGUGUUUGUGCUUAUUUGUUGCUGCCCGUCUUUCUCCACAUGAAUGGACAGCAACACAUCCUUGUGAAGAAGGUGGCGAUACAAGAAAAAAUCAAUUCACACUAUUAAACAGCUUCUAUUAUAAUGUAUCUGCUUUACUGAAUCAAGGAACUGAACUUGCACCACACGCUACUUCAACACGAUUGUUAACAGGAGUUUGGUGGUUUUUCGCCUUGAUUAUUAUUGCUACAUACACAGCUAAUUUAGCUGCAUUUUUGACAGUUGAAAAUAUGAAAUCACCCAUUGAAAGCGCCGAAGAUUUAGCUAAUCAAGAAAAAAUUAAAUACGGAACCUUGAAAAGUGGAUCAAGCCGUGAUUUUUUCAGAACCUCAUCUUUACCAACGUUUAAGAAAAUGGGUGAAUUCAUGGACAAAUAUCCAGAUGCUACUGUAUCAACCACUCAAGAGGGGAUUGAACGUGUUCUACAAGGUAACUAUGCCUUCAUCUUAGAAUCAACCUGGAAUGAAUAUUAUGCUCAGAGAGAUUGUCGUCUAACGCAAGUUGGAACAUUGCUUGAUUCUAAAGGUUAUGGGAUCGGAUUUCCACAAGGUUCACCGUGGAGGGAUCCCGUAUCGAAAUCAAUUUUAAAAUUACAGAAUGCUCAAAUUCUGGCAAAAUUAAAACGUAUUUGGUGGAAUGAAUUUAAUAUCACGGAACCAUGUUCUUUAUUACGUGAAUCAGGUAAAGCUCCAAGUCCAUUGGGUGUAGAACAAGUUGGUGGUGUAUUUAUUGUCUUACUGAUCGGAUUUUUUAUGGGAUUCGCCGUAUCGAUUAUUGAAUUUUUAGUAGCAACAAGAGAUCAGCAAAAGACAGCUGUUUGGCGUGGAAUGUGGAAGGAGUUGAAAUUCGCUACACGAUGUUUAACGACAUCACGUCGAUUAAGAUCAGACAUUCCUAAAUUAUCUAGAUCCCGUUCAAGUAAUCGACUUAUAUCAUCUGUACCAAAUAAUUUAAGUGCAAUAAAUAAUUCGCCAAAUUCAUUCGGUUUCAGCGAAAAUCAUAAUAACAAUAUAAAGUUAAAUAAUAAUACUGUCAGUAAGAAUAUUCAUAUGAGUGGAAUCAAUUCAAAAAUUGAACAAGAUACAUCUAGAGACCAAUUGUUAAUUUCCGAAUCCAGACCUUUUACUUAUGAACAGCAGAAUCAGCAAAAUCAAGAAGGAACUUAUCGAACAGAUCAGAAAAGUGCAAGUCUACAAUGUCCUAGUUCAUUCGAUCAAAGUGAUAUAUCUGCAGGAAUAUCAAGUGAUCCACAGCCUCAAACCUACAACGCGCGUCAACAACAACACCGUCUUGCAUAUAACAUCCAGUCACAUCAACAAUUACAGCAACAUCACCCAUAUAUACAUAAUGAAACUGAUAUUAAGCGUUUUACGAUGCCACAAACUGUAGUUCGAUCAAAUUUCAACGUUGGAAUGACUAAUAUGAAUGGAGAUUCCGAACUAUGGCAAAUAAACCAACAGAAAUAAUUUCAAUUUGAAAAGAAAUUACUUGACGCGCGACUUUUAAAAAUGUUUUCAACACUUUAGUUUAUGCCUUAAUUUAUUGGAAAUCUGAAUCACUCUAAGGCUUGAAAUUAUCUACGUUACGUUUAAGAAAGCAAAAAGUUUUAAUUGGAAAAUCCCUUUCAGUUUCAUAUAAAAUGUUAGUAAUAAUUUUAUUCAACUUAUGUAACCUCUUUUUGUAAUGUUGGAUUUUGAAAAAAUAGUUGAAUUGAUUUGUUCAGUUCAGAACUACGAAUUAUAUAAAGUGAAUAUAAACAAAUAAAGUAAAAUAUAAAGUUUCAUUUCUCCAAAUGAAGUUUGUCAAUAGCACAGAUUGACUAGAUCAAAUGUCGCAUACAAUUUAUACUAUAAACAGAUAUUAUUCAACGAAUUACUGAACUUCGUCAACAUUAACUUUGAUGAGAAAUAAUCAAAAUUUAGCCAAAAGUGGUUUAUUUGUCAGAAAGUGUAGUUUUUCAUGAUACAUUAGGGUUCAAAUUUGAUUACUAACAUUAUUUUCAUUUUAAAUAAUUUCA